GUUCAAUUUGUUUGAACUUUGCAAUCCGAUGGUGUGCUUGUUUUAGCUUAAGAAACACAUAGAAAAAACCCCUAAACAUUUCAUUACUUGUUCAAGGUAGAGGAAAGAAGGAAUAUAGGAUAAGAGAAAUGGAUAAAGUACAGAAAUUGGCAUCAGAAAAUGGAGUAAUGAUAUUUAGCAAGAGUACGUGCUGCUUGUGCUACGCAGUGAGUAUUCUAUUCCGAGAGUUAGGGGUGAAUGCGUACGUGCAUGAACUGGAUCAUGACUCAGAUGGAAAGGAAAUGGACAAGUCCCUAAUUAAAAUGGGUUGCAAUCCUUCAGUACCAGCAGUUUUCAUAGGAGGGAAAUUGAUUGGUUCUACUAAUGAAAUCAUGUCUCUCCAUCUUAAAGGCUCUCUCCUUCAACUCCUUAAGCCAUAUAUGCCUGUUUGAAAAUUAAUGAAAGGUUAAGGUUAAGUAAUUAUAAUAUUAAUUAGGAUUUAAGAGAAGAACCAAAAAUGAAUAAACUUGGGUCGAUCGAAGGGACACUAAUUAAGCUAGCUAGUCGUGGAGAUCAAGGUCUUGAUCCAGAAUAUUACUGUAAUUUUCAAAUGUUAUUUGAUCAGUAUUACUAUUAGUCAGUGGUUAGCUAGCAUAAAAUAUAUAUGCAGCUUAAUUAGUUGUUUGUCUACGGACAAUUAAAAUGGUAUCGUUGCCUAGUGCAAGGAUUGUAAUUUUAAUCCAUUUCCUCAAUGAUAAAGUUGCUUUAUUA